CGGGUGCUGGGCGGAGAGGCGGAGGCGGAAGAAUGUCAGUGGCCGCCUACUGCAUAUUUUGCUAUAGACAAAUAGGAACCUCUGGUCCAGCCACAAAAACACACCUACCCUGGAAUGAUAUCAGAAGCAUUACAUUUUUUUUCCUUUUCAAUCGUCUCUGCCAGUUAUUUCUUCAACAUGUAGUUCCCUCUUGUCUGCACGCAAAAUUCUUAUGGUCUCACAAAGACAGAACCUGGUGGCAGUGGUUGUGGGGCAAUUCUCCCAAUUCAUACUGAGGAAAAGAAAUUAUUCAUGAUAGGAAAAAUUGCAAAGAUAACUGGAUCACUUAUACUAGGAGGUUUUGUGUUCAUUACGUAUGAAGUCCUGUCCUUAAAGAAGUUACUGCAAAUCGAUACUCAAGCUAUACAUCAUGAAAAACUUAAAUCCUAUGUAUAUGUACGUACAGCUUCUCUAAAUCCAAGUGAAUAUCAAGGGAUCACAUACCAAGCCAGAAAAGAAAUCCAUAAAGCAGUGAGGAAAAUUCUAGAAACAGAAGCUAAAAUUUUCCGGAGACCUUUUAAUGAACAAUUUGGUACAUUUGAUGGAGAAGAUCAUGAAUGUGCCUUAUGGCUUCUCUUAAAGAAAAGUCAAUCAGAAGACAAAGAGGUCCGACUGCAGGCUGUACAAGACCUGGCGAACAACAGUCACUGGCACGAUUAUCAGUAUGGUACAGUUGCCCAAACCUGUGAUCAAAGGACUGCUAUAGGUCUGGCUCGAUCUAAAGAUGUUGACCUUCGCUUUUUCCUGCCUCCACCACCAAUGCCAAAAAUAAAGAAUGACUAUCCCAUAGAAGAUGAACUUCGCUUGUUGUUAGUAUCUUUACCUCAGACUGGUCUUGAUCCAUGUGUCCAGUACUUCACAUCUCUUGCUUUACGUGAAAGUAGUCAGACUCUCGCUGCGCAAAGGGGAGGCCUAUGGUGUUUUGGAGGAAAUGGACUUCCAUAUUGUGAGACAUUGGGUAAAGUCCCUUCAGAGACAGUGGAACUCUUUUGCUUGCAGGCUUUAGUACAGCAUUCUAAGGUUUCUUCUCACUGUGAUAAAAUUGAAGCUAAAGGAGGCCUUCAGCUACUGCAGAGGAUAUACCAGCAACGUAAAGAUUCAGCAAAAAUACAAAGGAACAUAAUUCGCGUUAUUGGAAAUAUGGCUUUGGAUGAACGUCUUCAUUCAUCCAUAGUACGUGCAGGUUGGGUUUCUGUACUUGCUGAAGUAAUGAAAUCCCCACAUGUCAUUCAGUCUUCUCAUGCAUCCAGAGCUUUGGCUAAUCUAGACAGGGACAUGGUGAAAGAAAAGUAUCCCGAUGGUGUUUAUGUCUUACAUCCACAAUAUCGUAGCAGUCAGCCCAUCAGAGCAGACAUCCUUUUUGUUCAUGGUCUUUUGGGAGCAGCAUUUAAAACCUGGCGACAGCAAGACAUUGACCGGCGUUCGGAUAAAAAGACUUCAGAAGGGGAAGAGGACUAUAGCCAGUGCUGGCCAAAGACGUGGCUGGCUUCAGACUGUCCUGCCCUUAGAAUCAUAUCUGUGGAAUACGACACCCAUUUGAGUGACUGGAAAGCAAAAUGUCCUGUUGAGGCUCACAGGAAGUCUAUUGCUUACAGGAGCAAUGAGCUUCUUGACAAGCUCAGAGCUGCUGGGAUUGGAGACAGACCUCUGGUGUGGGUAUCACAUAGCAUGGGUGGUCUUCUAGUCAAAAAGAUGCUGGUGGAUGCUUCCAAGAAUCCAGAAAUGGAUAAAAUUGUAAACAACACCAGAGGAAUCAUAUUUUAUAGUGUACCUCACCAUGGUUCCCAGCUGGCUGAAUAUUCUAUAAAUGCCAGAUAUCUUCUCUUUCCGUCUGUGGAGGUUAAAGAACUCAGCAAGGAUUCUCCUGCCCUUAAAGAGCUGAAUGACGACUUCCUGUCUUUUGCCAAAGAUAAGAAAUUUUCAGUGCUGAGUUUUGCAGAAACCUUACCAACACACAUAGGCAGCAUGAUAAAACUGCACGUUGUACCUCUGGAAUCAGCAAAGUUAGGAAUUGGAGACCUUAUUCCAGUGGAUGUUAAUCAUCUAAAUAUUUGUAAGCCAAAGAAGAAGGAUGCUUUCCUGUACCAACGUACAUUGAAGUUCAUUCAGGAUGUUUUAGCCCAAGAACUUGGAGACUGAGUUUUUGCCAUCCUUGGCUGUUUAUUUCCUCUGUAUGAUGUAACACAGUAAGUUCUUCUUCUAACAUUUUUUAGGGGAUCUGCAGAACUACAAAGAUGCUAUGUCAAUAGUAUCUGCUGCUAAAAUAAUUUUCAGUACAUCUCCAAUUUAAGCACCUCUCCAACUUCUUUCUAAAAUAUAUUCAACAAAUACAAACUGAAGUCCUAUGAACUUGGCAAAAAAGAAAAUGUGUGUUGGGUUAGAGUGACCAUGAUCUGUCAACAAAAUGUGUGUAAAUUCUGCAGCAAUUUGGCUGGGAGGGGAUGGGGAUUCAGUGGAAGAGAAGUUUCACUUAUUCCUAUAGAUAGCCCUCUGGAGCAACACAGACAGACUAUGGAGGUGCCCAGGAUAUCUUCUUUUAGCAAAAAAAAAAAGCUUGCUCUGGAGGUAGGUGGUCUCAUUAAGAUAAAUAUACAUGUGGGACUAAAGUCUUACAGAGAGGAUCAGAAACAAUUAACCAAGGUGGUUGUUUGUUGUGUCAAAGUGUAGGAACAGCAUAUGGCUGCCUCAGAGCUUUGGUUUACUGUCCAUGGUAAGUAGUCUGACUGGAGCCUGAAGAGAUUUAUCCAAGCGAAUGAAAGUAGCAUUUUAGUCUAGUGGCCCAAUUACGAGAGUUUUUGUAAUUUGCCUUUUCGUUUAAUAGACCACCCAGAUUUGUCAGCAAAUAGGGCUUCUCUUUUCUGCAUGAGAAACAGAUAGGUUGGUAUGUUGUCUUGCAUAGACAACUGUAGUUGUUUUAAUCUGUUUGCAUAAAUGAAAACAAAACAAAUGUUCACCCUCUUGUACGUUUCUCUAUUAGCAACUUGUGAGAUUGCUUUAUUAUGACAAUGUGUAACUGGUCAGACUCAGAGCAGUUCUGUGCUUUUUCACAUGGAAGAUACAGAACAGAGGCUUAGCUCUUUGCCUUUAUUCUUGGGACGUACCGAGAAGAUGGCACAUUCAAAUCCCUGGCUCAUGUCACUCAUUUAGAAACUACUUCUUCACCGGUUUUAAAGAAGAGCAUAGAAAAUGCUCAAGUGGAGUAAGACAAAUGUAAGCCCUGACAAGAAAGUUAAUGCUUAGAGUUUAGAGCUCAGGUAGAGAGAAAAGUAAAGCAGGAAGAAAUUCAGGUGAUCAUAGUGAUCAUGGGAAAUGCAGAAGAUCCCAGAUGUUUUGGUUUCUUGAGGCCUAAGUCUAUUUAUUGGUGUAGAUACAGAGAAAAGUGGCAGUGUUGUCUUAUUUGAGUUUAUGUUAAGGAUAACUUAACAGUACUGAUGAGAAAUAAGUAUUUUUAGAAAAAAAAAAAAGAAAAAAAAAAAGGCAGUGCUCAGUCACUUUUUCAGUCUUAGAUAGUUUGUAAUGUAGUUACAAGCAGCCUAGGCUAAUUGGGGUCUCUUUCCUUCCUUUCUUUACACUCCCGAUCCUCCCUGAAAACAAACAGGCUAUGGUUCGGCUAUACCGCCCUGGCUGAACAUUUGUUAAAUAAGGCCUGUGUUGAUGACAGGCUUAAGAUACCUGUUAGCGUCACUUACGUGAGGUGGAUCUAAUAUUACUGGCCUUAAAAUUGUGGCUAUGAAAGCUACUAAAGAGGUGGGAUGCACCUUGCAGUUCUGCACGGGCUUGGUGCAGGCACGAGUGGCCGUUGGAGUCCUGCCAGGUCCCGAGGCCACCUUGGCUGUGCCCACCUGAGAGCACGCCAGCCCAGGAGGACACUAUAUCUGAAAAUGCACUUGGGCCCUCACCUGAUGGAGCUGCAUAGUAGAAUUCACAAGAGCAGUACGGAGAAUGUACAGCACUACACUGGCAAAAAAAGAGUAUUUUUCCCCCUAACCGAGAUGUAGGUAAAAGCACUGCAUGGCAGUAUUUCAGAUAGAAAAUGUAACAGAACUGUCGUAACUUCUAAAGAGGUUUAUUCUUUUUACACUGUGGUUUAAACUUCGGAGUGUAAAUAUAUUAGAACACUUUGUAUUCACAAAGUAGAGGGUAUGUGGAAUUCAUUGUGAACAGACAAGACUUCUAAUAACUGAACGCGUGUUUAGUCUGACAAAUCUUGUAUAGAUUUUAAUAGACUUCUUUGGUUUACAGGGAUUCAGAUCAAUGACAUUACACAUUAAUCUCACUAAAUGCAUCUAUGUUUUGUUACUGUAACUGGAACUCUUGAGGCAACUUUCUCCUUUUUGUAACUGUAUGUAUAUAUAUGUAACUUUUAAAACUAAUAUUUUGAAGGGGGGUAUUGUUGGGGUUUGGUGUUGUUUUUUUUUUUAAUAUAGUAAUAAAAUGUGUCUGCCAAAUCUGCC